UAGUGUCUCACAUGGUGUCCUGCGUGGUGCUGUGCUUUGUUGUGUGAGGCUGUGUACUUGAGCCAGUGGAGGACGUGCCGGGGGUGAGUGUGUGGAUCGUGCGAGGUGGGGGCCUGUGUCUGCGUGUGUGCCUGCGGCGCCUGAGUGGGGACAGACGAUCGGCGACGAUGUCCAAGAGAGCGAAGAAGAACGUGGAGGCUGCGGGCGACGGGGAGCCAGACAACGGCGCAGCCCCCGAGGCCAAGCGCAGCAAGAAGUCGGGGAAGGAGCCAGAGGCGCCCGUCCUGUACGAGGACUCCCCGGACCGGCUGACCAGCGAGGACGGCCGCCCGUCCAGCCUCAAGAUCAGCUCGUGGAACGUGGACGGGCUGCGGGCCUGGGUGAAGAAGAAGGGCUUGGAGUGGGUGCGCGAGGAAGACCCCGACAUGCUUUGCCUGCAGGAGACCAAGUGUGCGGAGAAGUCUCUCCCGGCGGAGAUCACCGACAUGCCAGAGUACCCACACAAGUACUGGUCUGGCUCCGAAGACAAGGGGGGGUACAGCGGGGUGGCCAUGCUCUGCAAGACCAAGCCUCUGAACGUCACCUAUGGCAUUGGUAAGGAGGAGCAUGACAAGGAGGGGCGCGUGAUCACUGCCGAAUUCCCCUCCUUCUUCCUGGUGACCGCCUACGUCCCCAACGCGGGCCGCGGGCUGGUGCGGCUCGACUACCGCAAGACCUGGGACGUGGAUUUCCGGGCCUACCUGAAGGGGCUGGACCAGCGCAAGCCCCUGGUGCUGUGCGGGGACCUCAACGUGGCGCACCAGGAGAUCGACCUGCGCAACCCCAAGACCAACCGCAAGAACGCAGGCUUCACUGCCGAGGAGCGGCAGGGCUUCACCGACCUGCUGGAGCAGGACUUCGUGGACAGCUUCCGGCACCUGUACCCCGAGCGCCCGCACGCCUACACCUUCUGGACCUACAUGAUGAACGCCCGCGCCAAGAACGUGGGCUGGCGGCUCGACUACUUCGUGCUGUCGAGCGCCCUUCUGCCCAGCCUGUGCGACAGCAAGAUCCGCAACAAGGCCAUGGGCAGCGACCACUGCCCCAUCACCCUCCUGCUGGCUGUCUAGAUGCCCCCCUCUGACUGCCCUGGUGUCUGUGUGCCUCCUCAAACCUACCCCGUUUCUUGCUUCUCUUUAAUUACCUGUCAUUUCGACAAGACACUAAACCUGGCCCUCUAAAUACCCCCUUAUUUCCCUGUUGUCCUGUGCUUAAGCUUUCAUUUACCUCAGAUGCUCACAGCCUACAGGCACAGGAUAGGGUGUUAUGGACCGUCUUUCUGGCUCCUUUCUUGCUGUCUCAGCAGGCCAGUGAUGUUCACAUAUUGGCUGUCACGUGAGAGCUCAACUCACAUGGUGCUGAAUGUCGGGGGCAGAGUCAUUUUUGAACCAACAUCAUUUCCCUAGUGUAUUGUUGGCCAAUGGCUCUUCGAAACUGGAUAUUUGCAAUGCUUAGUGCCCCCACCCUCCCCCCUGCGCACUGCAUCCUAUUGAAAUAAGCUGUGAAAGAGGGGGCACACAGUUGGCAGGAGGGUUGUGUGUUUCUGGGCUGAUUUAAACCCCGGCUGUAUGCCCAUCUCUGUCAGCCCAGUGUAGUGUUCUACCCUCUUUCACUUUCCGAAGUGAUUUUACUUUAUUGCUGUACCAAUUUACUUUAUUGGGAUGUGUUCAGACCUUUUUCAUGUAAACGGUUAGCUGUGACGAUGUGUGGUGUGCUGAUGUAAUUGUAGGGCCUCCUGCCUGAUUUUUCCCAUUGCUGCGUCCCUCCUCGCUUUUAUCUUCAGCAGUGAAGACGCUCUGCCCAGAAGGGAAAGCAGGAAAAACGUAGUCUGUUUCAUCUGUACUUUUAGGCACCUGGAGCUGAGGGUUGUUUUAUUAAGUAGUUCCUUUUAAAAGCCGAUGAAUCUUUCGUUUCUGAUUUUGUUGCGAUGUGCUGUGGGCGUUUCUUUUUGUUCAGUAUUUGCGAUAAGCCGAAGCUGAUUUUGAAACCGAAGGGCAGGUGAACAUAGUUGUACCAGCAGUGGUGCAGUGCAGGGGUCAUGGUGGCUGACAAAGGUCAGGCUCUCAGAGCUGUGUGGAGCUGUGGAGACCUGGCGUGCGAGGAGCUGCACGUGCUCCGUCCUGCCAGUCUGUCCCCUGGCCAGCUGUUGUCACAGGUGCUGGGCAACUCCGUCUUCCUACAGGUCAGGAGGACGAGACCUGCCGAUACAUUUCUGCCUCCCGUGUCUCUCGAUAAGCUUUCAUUUUUCAUUACUUUUCUUUUCAAAGCGUUUUAUAGAUGUUAAACCUGGUCCUGUGUUUCAAAAUAAAGUUUAGUUUUUAAUACUGA